ACAGUGUUGUGGUGGGAAGUCACGCUGAAUCCUGCGGCUCCCAUGCUGGAUUGUGCUUCACUGCAAACAGCGACGACAUGGCCGGGGAAACUCAGGGGAAACAACCGGCUGCUCCCAAAGUGAAGGCAAAGGGGGGUAAAAACAAGGACACGCAGGAUCCCGUGAAGAACUUCGAGCGGUGGAAGAAGAAAUAUGACAGGAAGAAAAGUCGCAUUAAACGGGAUAAGAGACCCAAGAAACCGGAGUGGCAGAUUGAGAGAGAGCACAUCAAUAAACUGGUUAAAAAGUACGAAGAGAUCAAUCUCAAAGAGGCUGUGAAAUUUUCAGAUUUCCCUCUGUCAAAGAAGACCGUGAAAGGUCUGUUAGAAGCUCAGUAUCGGCUGCCCACGGAAAUUCAGAGACAAACCAUUGGCUUGGCGCUGCAAGGAAGAGACGUGCUGGGCGCAGCAAAGACGGGCUCUGGCAAAACUCUGGCCUUCCUCAUCCCCGUGCUGGAGUGCUUGUUCCGCCAGCAGUGGACAGCGGAGGACGGGCUGGGCGCCCUCAUCAUCUCCCCCACCAGAGAGCUGGCCUACCAGACCUUUGAGGUCCUGCGCAAAGUGGGGAAGAACCAUGAGUUUUCAGCGGGGCUCAUUAUUGGAGGAAAGGACCUGAAGCACGAGUCCGAGAGGAUCCAUCGCACCAACAUUAUCGUCUGCACCCCAGGGCGCCUGCUGCAGCACAUGGACGAAACCACGGCCUUCCACGCUUCCAGCCUGCAGAUCCUGGUUUUGGAUGAAGCCGAUCGGAUCCUGGACAUGGGAUUUGCUGACACGUUGAAUGCCAUCGUGGAGAACCUCCCUCAGACCCGGCAGACCCUGCUCUUCUCUGCCACGCAGACCAAGUCUGUGAAAGACCUGGCCCGGCUCAGCCUCAGAGACCCACAGUACGUGUGGGUGCAUGAGAAGGCCAAAUUCAGCACUCCCGCGACACUGGAGCAGAAUUACGUCGUCUGUGAGCUGCACCAGAAAGUCAACAUGCUCUUCUCCUUCCUGAAGAGCCACCUGAGCAAGAAGAUCAUCGUCUUUUUUGCCUGCUGCAAGGAGGUGCAGUACCUGUUCCGGGUGUUCUGCCGGCUGCGCCCGGGGAUCCCGGUGCUGGCCCUGCACGGCAAGCAGCAGCAGAUGAAGAGGAUGGAGGUUUACAACGACUUCAUCCGCAAGAGGUCCGCUGUCCUCUUCGCCACGGACAUCGCUGCGCGAGGCCUCGAUUUCCCUGCCGUCAACUGGGUGCUGCAGUUCGACUGUCCGGAGGAUGCCAACACCUACAUCCACCGAGUGGGCAGAACGGCCAGGUACUGCCUGCCUGAUGAUCUCUUAGCCCUGCUGGUCCUCUUGCCUUCAGAGGAGCCGGGAAUGAUACAGCAGCUUCAGGAACGAAAAGUCCCCAUUAACCAGAUCCAGGUUAACCCGGAGAAGCUGAUCAACGUGCAGCAGAAACUGCAGGCUUUCCUGGCGCAGGAGACGGAGCAGAAGGAAAGAGCGCAAAGGUGCUUUGUUUCCUACCUCCGCUCCAUUUACCUGAUGAAGAACAAGGACGUCUUCGACGUGUUCGCGCUGCAGUUGUCCGAAUACGCUCUCUCCUUAGGCCUGGCUGUGGCUCCUCGAGUCCGAUUCCUUAACAAAGCCAAGAAGGAUAGAGAAGGAGACUUGGCCGGACUGUCCACCCACCCGAACAGCAGGGAGGAAGACGAGUCCAGCACCGAGGAAGAGCUGGAGAGCUUCAGAGCUCAACUUAGAGGGCAGAGUCCCACAGGUGACCGUGGGGUGCCCUCAGCCAGGGGAGGGGUCUCCCAACACACAGUGCCCGGUCCUGCUGGAGGGCCGCGUGGACAGGGGGAGGAAGACUCUGCAGAUACGGAGCAGGGUGAGACCGCCGAGGCCUCGGAGCUGAUGUUCUCGGCAGAUGCGGACGAGGAAGACGAUCUGAGAGACCUGGACUUGCUCACCGUUAAAAGGAAGGACGUUUUUGCUUUGGAAGCUGACACACAGGAGGAAGACCUCAGCAAAAAACCACCAAAGAAAAAAACAGAGAAAGAAACCAAGUUCAAAGAAGCCAAAAAGGUCUUGAAGAGAAACUUCAGAAUCAACACAAAGAAGACUUUUACUGAAGAUGGAGAGGUGGUGCAGCAGUGGCCUCCUGCGCAGAAGACGGCAGUGCCGCACGACGAUGAGGACGAUGAGACUCUGGGCAUCAAUGUGGACAAGGCCAGGCAGAGGCUGCUUGAAGAGGAUAAACUGGACAAAGAAGAAUACAGGAGAAAAGUAAAGGAGAAACACAAGGAGAAAAGGCUCAAAGAAAAGGCAGCCAAACGAGAGGCCAGCAAGCGACAGAAGGAGGGGCCGGAAGAGGAGGUGGUGGCCUGCCUGGAUUCUGGCGAGAGCGAGGAGGAGGAGUUCGACCCCGGCACCCUGCCUGACCCGGACAGAAGCAGGGAUUCCGAGCUGGAGCAGGACAGCGCCUCCGAACCAGAGCAGAGCAGAACACCAGCCAGGAAGAGGCCGCAGAAGAGAAAGUGCAGCAGCAGCAGCAGCGAAGCUGGCGGGGGUGAAGCCCGGCUGGGCUGGAAGAAGCCCAAGAGCCGUGGUGACCUGGGUGUGCUGAAGCCGCUGGACACCGGCCUGACCCUGGGGGAGGACGAGCAGCUGGUGCUCCACUUGCUGAGCAGCCGUAGCUAAUCGCCGGCUCCCAGGGCUGCCUGCUGGGUCACUCGCGGUAUCUGUUGCAAGUAUUUGGAUCAACGUUGGCUUGACAGCAGGAGAGGAGAGCUCUGCUGGGGUCCUCUCAGGAUGGCUGGAGACUGCCAGGCUGCUGGAAAAAAGUUUGCUAUCCCAUCAUAUCCCAUAUAGCACUCAAACCAGCUUCAAAAUGCACAGAUAAGGAUACACAGUGUUUGUUUUUGCAGUCUGUUAUCCUUUUUUGGUAAAAAAAAAUCCUUUAAGAGUUGUGGUUAACUUGAGGCCGUUUUUUUUUGUACUGCAGAGCGAGGGCAGCAGUUAUGCGUACACACAAAGUUGGCAGAAGCCGGAAACAGAUGAAGUCUCAUCUCGAGAUCUGUCUCCUUCCAAUCUGAUUCUGCUUUCUGCAGCCUCGGGUUUAAAAGACAGAUAACACCAAAUGGUGCAUCUCUUUAGAAAUGAGCUUUUUUAUGUGCCCAUUUAGUAAAACUUAAGAAAUAUCCAGCCUAUUAUUCAGAAACCUGUUGUCUGUCCCAUUAGACAUGGCUGGGUGGUCCUGGAGUUGCAGAACAUUGUUCUGUCAUCCAGCCAGGCUGUCCCUGUCUGUUUUGAGAAACAGUGCAACACUGCAAUAAAAACAAUACUUCCCAAACUCUGAGAAAAGCAACAGAAAGUUAUUAAAGUGGAAAAGAAAAAGAAUGACAAAAUAUGUAUUUGGAAUGGUUCAUUUCUCAGAUUAAAUUUUUAUAGUACAUUGUUCUUUGUAUGUCAGGUAUCAUUCUCAUCAAUAAAAAUGUACAAUAAUCUUCUGCCUGUA